AUGCAAUUGAUAUUUAUUCUUGCCGUUGCUCUCAUUGCUCAAUUAGCUGGCCUUGUUCAAGCUCUUCCUGUCGAACGUCGCUCUGGAUCCAUCAAGGGUGUGACCUACACUGCUCGUAACUCGGAUGGUUCUUGUCAAUCUGCCUCUCAAAUUGCAAAUUCUGUCAAGUUGAUGAAAUCAAACGGUAUCAUGCACAUCCGUACCUACUCACAAGAAUGCAAUCAACUUUCGGCCAUCUUGAACGCUAUCAAUGCUCAAGGUGGUGGCAUGACAGUGCUGGCAGCUGUUUGGAUUGAUGGUACUAGCAAUGAUGAUCAGGAAAUAUCCACUUUAAAAUCAGUCUUGGCAAAGAACAUCGGUAAUCAGUACAUCCGUGGUAUCUUGGUGGGCAAUGAAGUCCUUUUCAAAAGUGUCAUAUCUGAAGCUGAUUUGAUCAGCAAAAUCAACCAAGUCAAGGCCUUUGCCAAAAAUCACUCUGUCGGAACUGCGGAAAUUCCUGGUGGAUUUUCUAGCAAGCUGGUCUCUGCCUGUGAUAUGGUCUCUGCCAAUGUUUAUCCGUUCUUUGCCAAAGUGGACAUCAACAGCGCUAUGAGCAAUCUCAACUUACAGUAUAAUAACAUCAAAGCUGUGGCUGGCUCCAAAGAAGUAUUGAUUACUGAAACUGGAUGGCCUAGCAGUGGAUCUCCUCUUGGCAGUGCCGUUCCAAGUCAAGCAAAUGCUCAAAAGUAUGUUACGGGCCUCAUGCAAUCCUCUCUUCCUUAUUAUUAUUUUGAAUGGCAAGAUUCUGAUUGGAAGCAAGCUGGUACCGAGGCAAGUUUUGGUUUGCUCAAUAGCUCUGGAAAGAUGAAGUAUGCUUUGUAAAUCG